AUGCUGACAUGGAAUUGCAGUUAUCGGGUCUGGGCCCGCGGCCCAUACCGCGGCCGUGUACCUGGCCAGACCGUCAUGUAUGAGGGCUUCAUGGCCAACGGUACCGCCGCCGGUGGGCAGCUGACCACGACGACCGAGGUCGAAAACUACCCGGGCUUCCCCAAGGGCAUCAUGGGCCAGGAGCUGAUGGUACUCCCUCUUCUCCCACAGGACAACAUGCGCGCCCAGUCUGAGCGCUUCGGCACGGAAAUCAUCACCGACACCGUCACCAAGCUGGACCUCUCGGCGCGGCCCUUCAAGUACUCGACCGAGUUCAGCCCCGAGGAGACGCACACGGCCGACGCCGUCGUCAUCGCGACGGGCGCCUCGGCGCGCCGCCUCAACCUCCCCGGCGAGGACAAGUACUGGCAGAACGGCAUCUCGGCCUGCGCCGUGUGCGACGGCGCCCUGCCCAUCUUCCGCAACAAGCCCCUCUACGUCAUCGGCGGCGGCGACUCCGCCGCCGAGGAGGCCACCUUCCUCACAAAGUACGCCUCCAAGGUGGUGGUGCUCGUCCGCCGCGACGUCCUCCGCGCCAGCAAGACCAUGGCCCACCGCCUGCUCAACCACCCCAAGGCCGAGGUCCGCUUCACCUCGGCCGCCACCGAGGUUCGCGGCGGCGAGGACGGCCUCAUGAGCCACCUCGUCGUCAAGAACUCCGCUACCGGCGAGGAGGAGGUCGUCGAGGCGAGCGGCCUCUUCUACGCCAUCGGCCACGACCCCGCCACCGCCCUCGUCAAGGGCCAGCUCGACAUGGACGAGGACGGCUACAUCAAGACCAAGCCCGGCACCACCAUGACGAGCAUCGAGGGUGUCUUUGCCGCCGGCGACGUCCAGGACAAGCGCUACCGCCAGGCCAUUACCAGUACCGGAUGCAUGGCUGCCCUCGAGGCUGAGCACUUCCUCGCCGACCAAGAGCAUUCGUAG